CGGCUGUGGCGGCGGCGGCGGCGGCGGCGGCGGCGUGGGCUGGGCUCGAGCGGGCGGCGGCACCUCAGACUCCCGGCGCGGGAGCCCACGCGGGCGGGCGCCUGAAACAAAGAGAAGCGAGAGUCAGGGCGCCGCGGGUGCGCGGUCAGUCGGUCAGCGCAGAGCCGGCCAGCGGGUGCCCGCGGAAGCCCGGAGCCCGGCCGGCCGGCGCAGCCUCAGGGCGGGAAGAUGCCGCGCGUCGUGCCCGACCAGAGAAGCAAGUUCGAGAACGAGGAGUUCUUCAGGAAGCUGAGCCGCGAAUGUGAGAUUAAGUACACGGGCUUCAGGGACCGGCCCCACGAGGAGCGCCAGGCGCGCUUCCAGAACGCCUGCCGCGACGGCCGCUCGGAAAUCGCUUUUGUGGCCACAGGAACCAAUCUGUCUCUCCAGUUUUUUCCGGCCAGCUGGCAGGGAGAACAGCGACAAACACCUAGCCGAGAGUAUGUCGACUUAGAAAGAGAAGCAGGCAAGGUAUAUUUGAAGGCUCCCAUGAUUCUGAAUGGAGUCUGUGUUAUCUGGAAAGGUUGGAUUGAUCUCCAGAGACUGGAUGGUAUGGGCUGCCUGGAGUUUGAUGAGGAGCGAGCCCAGCUGCACAUGGUUUGGGUCAUGCUGCUCUGCCUUCUGUGCUACCUCGUGCUGUUCCUCUGCCGACAUUCCUCCCAUCGUGGCAUCUUCCUCUCCAUCACCAUCCUCAUCUACCUACUCAUGGGUGAGAUGCACGUGGUGGACACUGUGACAUGGCACAAGAUGCGAGGGGCCCAGAUGAUUGUGGCCAUGAAGGCAGUGUCUCUGGGCUUCGAUCUGGACCGGGGCGAGGUGGGUGUGGUGCCCUCGCCCGUGGAGUUCAUGGGCUACCUCUUCUUUGUGGGCACCAUCGUCUUUGGGCCCUGGAUAUCCUUCCACAGCUACCUACAGGCUGUCCAAGGCCUCCCGCUGAGCUGUCAGUGGCUGCAGAAAGUGGCCCAGAGCCUGGUGCUGGCCCUGCUGUGCCUUGUGCUGUCCACCUGUGUGGGCCCCUACCUCUUCCCCUACUUCAUCCCCCUUGAUGGUGACCACCUCCUUCACAAGUGGCUGCGAGCCUACGAGAGUGCUGUCUCCUUCCACUUCAGCAACUAUUUUGUGGGCUUUCUAUCUGAGGCCACAGCCACGUUGGCGGGGGCUGGCUUCACCGAGGAGAAGGAUCACCUGGAAUGGGACCUGACGGUCUCUAAGCCACUGAAUGUGGAGCUGCCCCGGUCCAUGGUGGAAGUUGUCACAAGCUGGAACCUGCCCAUGUCUUGUUGGCUAAAUAACUAUGUUUUCAAGAAUGCUCUCCACCUGGGGACCUUUUCAGCCGUGCUGGUCACCUAUGCAACCAGCGCCCUCCUGCACGGCUUUAGCUUCCACCUGGCUGCGGUGCUGCUGUCCCUGGCAUUUAUCACUUAUGUGGAGCACAUCCUCCGAAAGCGCCUGGCUCGGAUCCUCAGUGCCUGUGUCUUGUCGAAAAGGUGCCCACCAGACUGUUCACACCAGCAUCGUUUGGGCCUAGGGGUGCGAGCCUUAAACCUGCUCUUUGGGGCCCUGGCCAUCUUCCACCUGGCCUACCUGGGCUCCCUGUUUGACAUUGAUGUGGACGAUACCACAGAGGAGCAGGGCUACAGCAUGGCAUACACUGUCCACAAGUGGUCAGAGCUCAGCUGGGCCAGUCACUGGGUCACUUUUGGGUGCUGGAUCUUCUACCAUCUCAUAGGCUGAGGCACGUCUGUGGACCCUCACAGCUUCCUCAAGAACCCUCCUCUGGGUGCCAACUCUGAUGGGGGAUGAGGGAAGGCCCUUUCUCUAAUUUUUGACCCUCUUUUUUGACCCUCUCUCCAUUCUUGACCCCCCCCAAGUACCCCUGCAUGCGCGCGCGCGCACACACACGCACACACACACACGUGCGUGCACACACACGCACACACACGCACACACACACACACACACACACAAACUUCCAUCCAUGGGCCUCCCCGCCUGCCUUGUCUCUUUUUAUAUAUAGUUUGUUGUUAUCAAAUAAAGUUAGGAAGUAUUUUUUUAAAAGAGUAAGUAUGGAAAGUCUCAUGUUCUCAUAAUAUUGAUGAAUUCUGAAGAGAUUGAGACCCAAAUUUUGGUCCUGGUUUGGGGAAAGUUUUUCCUUCAGUGGUUCUGAAUUGCACUGGAUUACCACUGUGUGCUUAGUGGGGCACUUCAAAGUGUAGUAGAUGGUUCUGUUUAAUAUUUGUUCUGGAUCCUUAGCACAUUAUGAGGGGGGAAAAAAAAACCCAGUUUAAAAUAAAAUGUAGGAGCAGCACUUUUGAAAUGGCUGAGUGAGGAGUUUGGCAGAUUCUCUCUCCAAAAAGCGGUGAUUAAACUUAACAAAAUUGUAAACAAACAAAGACCCAUUUAAGGUCUCUGGAAAUUAACCAAAGGACAUAUAUUGAGAGGCAUUUAUUCAAACGAAGCUAGUGAAUUUCAGUAAGAACAGUGAUAGUCUGGCCUUUUAGUCGGGAGCUGCUCGCAUCUCCCUUAGCUCUGUGGUUCCUCAAGUUCUACCCUGGGCAGGCAGGACAAGCCAUGAGGACUGGCAGCUCUGCUGUCCUGUCAGAGGGAGCUGACUUUAUUUAGAGCAGCACUUGGAAAAAUACAUGUCCAGGGCUGUUAUUGAAAACAAUAGCAGUCUCUGUGGCAAACAGUUGGAGAAAGCUAAUGUUUCAGGAAGCAGCAAAAUGGCAGACUAGCCAGAAAUUUAUCAGGGAAAUCUAGGGAAAGAGAUAGCUAAAGUAAGCCUUAUUGAGAUCACACUUAACCUCUCAUGGUCCAAAAGGCUGUGUACGUGUGCAAGGCUACACCUGUUCAGGAGAGGACAGAGAGAGCCCUUGAAAGCUACUAGUCCCUGGCUGAAUACAGGGUAGACUGAUAAACUCCCUGCACUUUGAAAGCCACACACAGAUUCCAUGGCAAAGGAUUAGAAGCCUUCUGACUCAAGGUGUUUAAGCAAAACCUCUGACCAAUCAUUGGCUGACCAUUAGGUUAUGCUGACCCAGGGGCAACCCCCUAGAAAGCAAGGCUUAAAAAGAAAAAAAAACUAAGCAGUGACAUCAGAGGCUGCACACUGCUGGGGAAACAGACUCCACACAACUAGGCAAGUCACUAAGUAGACAAACAAAAAACAGCAACAACAAGCUGGAGGCAGGGGUCAGAAUUCAGAGUUGCUACAGUAUAUUAUCUAAAAUAUCCAAUUUUUAACAGGAAAUUACAAGACAUGCAAAUAAGCACAAAAGUGUGACUGAUACUCAGGGGGAAAAGCAGGCAGUAGAUACUCUGAGGGAGUUCAGAUGAUGGUUCUUAGUAACAAAAGACUUAAAAGCAAUUCUUUUUCAGUGUGUUCAGAGAACUAAAGGAAAAUUUCUUCCUUUAAAGAAUUGAAGGACAAUUAUGACAGUGACUCAUCAAAGACAGAAUAUUA